ACUCACCGCAAAAAAUUCACCCAACUCUGUCCAAAACCUAAACUAUAAGAACACCUCCUCUUCCCACCUUAUCCAUCACUAAGCCUCCACCUUCUCCUCCAUUGAAAAACUCAUCUUAAACAAUGGCUUACAAGUCUCAUUCAGUCCUUGCUUUCCUUCUCAUCUUCAACGUCCUGCUUGCCAUAACAGUGCAAGCACGUGACAUCCCAACAAACUCCAAGACCACAGACAAGAAAUUACAACCCGAUUUAUUCAUCGACCAUGAUGGCAGCGUGCUCAUUCCAGGCAUUGGCCGUGUCAUGAUCCCCCCAAAAUUCCACAGGGGGUACAAUCCAUUCACCUACAAUCCAGUCACGGGGAGCAGCGGAGGAAGUGGCAUCGGUAGCAUUGGCGGUGGCAGCAUUGGCUCUGGUGGCGGGUCAACCGGAAGCUACGUUCCAGGCGGCGAUGAUACAUUUGUCCCCAACCCAGGCUUCGAGGUCCCAAUUCCCGGAAGUGGUGGCAAUGUUCCUGCAUCGGAAAGUCCUUGAGAUUUUUCAGCAUUUCUUGCUCAUUUCCAUUUGGUAUAAGUAUGUGUUCUGAGUAUGUCGCUAUAAUGGAGUCUGCUUCUAUUAUGGUUCAGUCUUCAAUAUUCUGUAUUUUUCGAAUUGUGGAAUGUCUAAUUAUUAACGAAUAAGACUUGGUUUAUUUUUGUUGCAUAA